AUGUCUGCGGUGAAAUGCGAUCGCCAGGAUCCUUGUAUGAACUGCACCGACGCAGGCGCAGACUGUCUUCGCAAUCGCCAGGCACGCGUUCAUAGACCGCGGGUUUCUCGAUUGGAAACAUUGACCCAAAGAUUGGCGAAGCUAGAAGAAUCAAGAACUAAAGAGGCAACAUACUUUCCAGCAAGUCAUCAUGCAGUUAGCAGCACAUCGUCGUCGCCUUCGGCCAACUUCACAAGUAUUAGCGAAGUGCUCAAUGACAAACAGAAGCGGUAUCGAACAUAUGACCUCCAUGAUACGGCUCCCCUGCAGCCACCACUAAGCAAGCAUCGCAAGUCUCAGACUGUCUCACAACAACAUGCUCACCAGGCACAUUCUCCUGGAUCAACACACCAUGCCAGCGAGGCUAGAGAAUAUAUCGAGCAUGAGCUCCAAUGCAACCCAGCUCUGUCAAAAGAUAGACGCACUGCACUUGAGUCAGCGCGCAAGUUCGUCGGUCAGCUGUCCAAUCCGACUCUACAUUGGGAGGAGACUGCGGCUAUGCAUGAUAUGGAUGUUCAAGAAAAUCUAGAACCCCCUACCCUCACACCGGAAUUGCUCUACAUGAUGCUACCUGGACCCGAUAAGAAAACAAACUCCCAGGGAAUAAUCAACUGGCCUGAUCACAUCUCCGACAGAGUUCUAGAGCAAAUGGGGCUUGCAAUUAUCGAGGGCACAGAAUGUGAGCAAGUGCUCCAGUAUUACCGAAUCAAUGUUUGGGUAAAGGCCAUGGGUUGUAUAUCAAAAAUGGCCCCUCUGGUUCCAAGCAAGCCUUUGAGAGAUCAUUUCCGGUCACUCAAAAAGAGAUAUGAAGCCUCUGCCAUCGAAAUUUUGAAUCAAAUCCCGCUGGCAGCUGAACCUAGCCUUCUUUUACUGCAAUCGAUUAUGUCUGCAACCCGUUUGAUGCAAUAUUUAGGAAAUAUGACACGCUGUUGGAUGUUAACAGCACUAGCCUCGAGAAUGCUCGUUUCCUUGAACUACCACAACAUCACAGACACCAGCCCUCGAACCGAAAUAGAGGAAAACAUCCAUGCCUGUGUGUACACAUGCUAUUACUUUGACAAAACUCUCAGUCUGCUGCUCCUCCGACCGCCGUCUCUACCGGAUCUGAAAGUUAGACCAACGCAGUUAAUUCACCUCGACCCCGAUCUACCAACAACUACCAUGUUAACAGGCAUAGUCGAGUAUUCAGAGUUGAAGAGUGCUCUGCUGAACAUAUUGGUUGAUACCAAGACAAUAGGGGACACGGAGAAGGCCAAUAUACUGUCUGAUCUUGUGGCGCAGGCACACACAAUCCACUCCAAUAUGCAAAUGUUUCGUCGUCGCCAAGAACAGCAAUUCUCACAAUCAUGGAGCCAUCUCCGGCGCGAAUGGCUGUCAAUGGACUUCAACUACUACUCUAUUCUCACGACAAUCAUCCAAGCCCGCUCCUCGGUACUCAAGUCCCGCUUGGUCUGUGAGAACUGUCUAUACACAGCCCGGGAAUCCCUUACCACUCUCCGAGCUUUACAGGAAGCAUUCUCAAACCGCAUCAAUUCCAUCGACUCAUAUCCAUACUUUCUUACCUGGACAAUGCUGCUAUUCCCGUUAGCACCGUUCUUUGUCCUGUUUUGCAAUGUGAUCGCAACAUCAAACGAGAGAGACUUCAAUAUGAUCAAAAAUAUCACCGACGACCUUCAUCAAUUUGCAGAAGCGAAUGUUUCGAUCGGCAAGCUGUACAAGCUAUUCUCCAAAUUCCUAGACCUGUGUGCGCCUUUGGUGAAAGGCAAUACCGAAUCUUCCCGCUCAGAACAACCAGCGGCUGCACUCCCUGAUGCGAACACGACUGGAAACACCGAUGGCCGGAUUACAUCCUACACAGAUAUAUUCGGCCGUGCUACCGAUCAGCCUUUGGUCAGUCUUCGGGAUACAGAUCCAACUGGAGGAGAUACCACUGCGCCACCGUCUGUGGAGGGAUGGAAUGACAGUCUUGUGUGGGAACUGUUCGAUAAUCAGCCCUCGUUGGGGUGGGCGGAGUCAGAACUAUGGAAUGUGAUGACGCAGUUUGAUGCCUGA